AUGCGUGGCAAGUCGGAAGAUUUCGAGGCAUUGCAAGAACAGUUGGAAUGGGAGACUGGUCGCAUGGAAGAGCGUAUGCUCGACGAGAAACCAUGGUACAUGAAGGGUGAAAUUGUGGCGCAAGAAAGAGCAGAGAAUACGGUUUUGGAAGAACAUCUUGACGUACAGCGGCAUGGAAAGUUUAAGCCUCCACCAGCAAACGAGGAUGCAAUACAAGAUUUCAUAAAAAAGGCGAUUAAGGAACAAUCUUAUGACAGUCCUACUUUCAAGAGGAAAGAGCAAUUGCCCCAGAAAGCACAAUCCACAAUCGUCCAAGAUGUCACACAAAAGUCAUUGGUGGAGGACUAUGAAAACCUACUUGCCAAGAACAACAUACUAGAGAAGGAGCAAGAGGAUCCAGUGAAAAAUGCCAUCCAGAAAGAAAUUUCUGAGCUGUUUGAAGCCUUAGAUUCCUUGUCACAUUUACACUUUGUCCCAUACAAGCAUCUUCCCGAGGUGAAUGUUAUUCAGAAUCAAUCAGCGUUGAUUAUGGAAGAGGCUGGACCAACGGCAAUAGCGACCGGGGAAAUGUUGGCACCCGAAGAGAUUUGUCCACCUCGUGGGGAAGUGAUUACAGGCUUGAGCGAACGCACCACUACUGACAAGCGUCGCCACCGACGGAAAUUGAUGCGUAUUCGUGCGAAGCGCAUGAAACACAAAGCGGGUUCUGAUCUGUCCAAAGACAAGAAAGCCGCCUUGGCUAAAGUGAUCCGAAUGGCUCAUAAACCUGGGUCGAAAGUGAAAAUUGUGACUUGA